CUGGACGAUUCUGCAAGUGGGGGGCCCUUCAUCGAUGCUCCACCCCUCUGCCCUUUUGCGGCCGCUGGCCAGUGUCACUAUGGCAACAGCUGUUCCUAUCUCCAUGGAGACGUGUGUGAGAUCUGCAGGCUGCAAGUGCUGCACCCUCAUGAUCCAGAGCAGAGGAGGGCACAUGAGAAGAUGUGCAUGCUGGCAUUCGAGGUGGAUAUGGAGAAGGCCUUCGCAGAGCAGCUCAGCCGGGACAAGGUGUGCGGCAUCUGCAUGGAGGUGGUGUACGACAAGGUCUCGGCCUCGGAUCGCCGCUUCGGCAUCCUGUCUAGCUGCUGCCACAUCUACUGCCUCAACUGCAUCCGGCAGUGGCGCUGCGUCAAGAAUUUUGAGAACAAGAUCGUCAAGUCGUGCCCAGAGUGCCGGGUCGUGUCUGAGUUCGUCAUCCCCAGUGCCUAUUGGGUGGAGGACCAGGAGGAGAAGAACCGGCUGAUUGAGGAGUUCAAAUAUGGAGUCAGUAAGAAGGCCUGUAAGUACUUCGACCAGGGCCGAGGGACGUGCCCCUUUGGGGCGAAGUGUUUGUAUAUGCACGCCUACCCCGACGGGACGCGGGCCGAGGCCGACAAGCCGCGCAAGCAGCUGGGGUCCGAGGGAAACGUGCGGUUCCUGAACUCGGUGCGGCUCUGGGACUUCAUCGAGGAACGGGAGCAGAGAGGAGCAAGACAGUACGACGGCGAGGUCAGCGAGCUGGGGGAACUAUUCAUGCAGCUGUCGGGGGCCGGGCACGAGGGCACACCCCACUGAAUAGGGCCACCUGCAGGACCCCCGCGGUAUGAGAAGAGGCAGCACUGGGCAGUAAUCGUGUGUUCUGUUCACCCUUUCAUGUUGAAACCUUUUAGAGGGUUUUAUUUUUAAAGAUUCCUGGGGAACAGAAAUGCUCUUGUGCAAAGUAGUAGUAAUAUUUCUCCUAGAGAACGCAGUUUUUUCUUAAAGUGUCCCAAACACUAGCCAGAUUUGAAAUGCCAAUAAAACUGUGCCGAUGGGAAUCUGGACAGGAAGUCCUCCUAUAUUGGGGAAGAUCUUGUUCAUGUACUUUGAGGGAUGUCACCUAGCCUGCAGGGAGGGUGGAGUGGCUCAUUGGUUUACCAAAUAAAAAAGUUUUGCUAAAGGAAAAAAAAAAAAUCUACUAAAUAAAUAAAUGUAUAAAAAAAGAAUAAUGGCAACCUAGCGUGGCUGAGGAGCUUUGCAUAAGUGCAUCAUCCCUUCAGAAGGAACGCUGCGUUGCCGCCGUCUCAUUUACAAGAUGGAAGCGAAGGUCUGCUGUUCAGCUCCCUCUGUGUGUGUCCAAAAGCAAAACGGGCCUCGGAGCCCACAGGCCAGGUCAUGUCCCUCCCGCUCUCCCUGGCUUCUCUCUCAGCUCCCUGCGGGUCGAACCAGGCCGUGACCGCCGGCACACAUUAAUACCGCCCGUGCUUCAGAGCCCCACUCCCUUUACCGUUACUUAUGGGACUGCUUGUGUGAUAUCAGUCUGUGCAGAGUCUGAAAUGCAGUUUUUAACCACACUCUCAGUAAGACUUAAGAACUUUAUAGAUAUCUGUAGUAUUCUACUGUAUGAUGUCUUGUACUGUAAACGAGGGACAUUAUUGAGAGCUACAUUUUUAAGGUAGAUGUUCACUCUAUAUUUGCUAAGUAUUUCUAAAUACUAUAAAUUAUUGACAUGGACAUAAAAUGUUUUUUUUUUCCUUUCUGUACUUGUUAUACACUCAUAUUUGUAUUAAAACAUGAAUGGAAUCAUAAAAAUAUAUCAGAAACCCAGAGUAUGAACCAAUUACAGUGGUAACCUGUGUGUAGACCUAUAAGCCAUGAUCUCAGGUCAUUAGAGGCUGUACCUUGCUUCAUACUUUCAACAAAUAAAAUGGCUAAAAUUC